AUGAUUAGUGAUUGUUACAGAGAUUUUAAUUAAUAUUUUUCAAACAAGUCCUAAUAAUCUGAUAAAUCCUCACCAAUUUGUAUUAUUUUACUCCAGAUAUUAAUUAAAGGCAAAGCAAAGACUCUAAUUUCAUUCAAAAAUGUUUAGCAUGAGCUUAUUAAUUAAUAAAUUAUUAUUGUAUCAUUAAUAAUCAAAAUUGUUGAAUUUUUUUGUAAGAAAAUAAGGAUAAAUUUAUCUUAUUUCAAUAAAAUUUUUUAUUAAAAUAUUUUCUAAGUUAAAAAUUUUUUAAGGCUUGAGCUUUCCUCGAGAAGUUAUUUCUUUUGGGAAUUUUAUAUUUAAAAAUUUUAAAGAUUCCUAUACCAAAUAAACAAAUAGCAAGCAAUCAUUGAUAUGAUAAUAAAUAAUUUAGAAGCCAAAUACAUCUAGAUAAGAAACGGAAGACUUUCAGAUAUCUCAAUCAAUAAUAAAGCAGUGAAUUUUACUUAGAAUGAUCAAAUUAGAAAAAGGAAAUUAUUAAUUAAAGCAAUGACACCAAACUAUUUAUAUAAAGAAGAUAUGAAAUAUAAUUAUUCCGAAUGUAUUUUAUAUUCCAUUUAUACUUGUAAGCUAUAAAUAAAUUUAGAAUAUAUCUAGAAUAAAAUUAUAGUUUUUUUUAUACAUUAUUUUUAAUUAAAUUAUGAAGAAAUAUUUAGUUGA